UCUCCUUUUUUGUGGCCAUGGCUCGCUGGCUGCGCAGGCUCAAUCCACUCAUGUCCGUCGCGCAGUCCGAGGCGGCCUCUCCGAUCCCGAUCUCUCCGGCGCUGGCGGCGUUCCGAGAGCGAUUGGCAAGCGAUGCGCCGGAGCUUAAGGAUUUCGUGAGCGAGGGCUCGGGUGUGGAAGGCUACUCGGUGGCGGUGGGGACGCGGGAGGAUCCGCGGCGCAAGCCGGAUUGGAUGAAGCGGAUCAUUCCAGGUGGGGAGAAGUACACGAGGAUCAAAUCGCAGCUGAGGGAGCUCAAAUUGAAUACCGUGUGUGAGGAGGCCAAAUGCCCCAAUAUUGGAGAGUGCUGGAGCGGUGGCGACACGGGCACGGCCACUGCGACGAUCAUGAUCCUGGGGGAUACGUGCACCAGAGGCUGCCGAUUUUGUGCAGUGAAGACAUCGCGAGCUCCACCUCCACCUGAUGCAGACGAGCCAGCCAAAGUUGCUGAAGCGAUUGCCUCUUGGGACCUCGAGUAUGUGGUGCUCACGAGCGUGGACCGGGAUGAUUUACCCGAUCAAGGAAGCGGGCACUUCGCCGAGACAGUGAGGAGGAUCAAGCAACGCAAGCCGGGCAUGCUGGUUGAGGCCUUAGUUCCCGACUUUCGAGGCGAUCCCGACUGCGUGGAGAAAGUGGCCACCUCUGGACUGGACGUCUUUGCGCACAACAUAGAAACCGUGCAAGAGCUACAGAGCUCGGUCCGAGACAGGCGAGCAAACUUCCAGCAAUCCAUCAACGUCUUGAAGAUGGCCAAGCUGACAGGUCCUCGCGGGGUUCUCACCAAGACCUCGAUCAUGCUGGGCUGUGGCGAGACAUCUUCACAGGUUUUGGAGACCAUGGCCAGAGUGAGAGACGCCGGCGUGGACGUGAUGACUUUCGGGCAGUACAUGCGACCGACGAAGAAACACAUGCCAGUGUCCGAGUACGUGACUCCGGAAGCGUUCGAGAACUAUCGAAGAAUCGGAAUGGAAAUGGGAUUUCGAUAUGUGGCUUCAGGCCCAAUGGUGAGAUCCUCCUACAAAGCUGGAGAGUUUUACAUCAAAGCGAUGCUCGACGCAGAUAGAGAGGCAGCGAUGGUUUCAUAGAAAAAUAUUAAAGGUAUGAUUCUUUCGCGCGGA